AUGUCUGAAGGUUCACACUCAGAGAAGCCCNGUACGUGUUCAUCUCACGCAUCUUCUACAAAGGCUGACUCGACUGGUAAGCAGAAAGCGCGCGCCGAAUCUCCAACAACAGCACGCGAGCUCGACUUCGACGACGACCACCAAGACAGCAGCCCUCUCAAGAGCCCGACCCUCAAACAGGUCAGCUUCGUCGAGGUCGAAGAUGAAGACGCCCCAUCCAAGCCUGUGCGCCCCUUGAGCCCCAAGGCCCAGAACGAGAAGACGCUCAAGGAGGCCUUUCCCACAAUCGACGAUAAGGUCAUCAGCGCCGUCCUGAUAGCCAGUGGUGGCAAUGUCGAGCCUGCAUUCAAUGCUCUGCUGGACUUCAAGCCUGAAGAGGCUCCACCACCGCGUCCUCCUAGACCUACCCAAGCUCAGCGCCAGCUUGACGCCGACGAGCAAUACGCCCGCCAACUUGCUCAGCACUUCCAGUCCGAGCCUCGUCCUCAGCGCACCAGACGAGACGACGAUGAUCGAGGCCCACCUCUUCCUAACCGCCCUAGACAGCAGCGUCCAGGUCUUGCCGAGGACGACAGGGAAUACAGCUUCUUCGACGGUAUCAUCAACCCAGCUUUCAAUCAGCUGAGACUAGUGGCUGACUCGGCUGCAGACGAUCUUCCCCAAAUCAAGGAGAACGUGCGCAAGGGUUUCUUGGAGACACAGACAAAGGUGAACAGAUGGAUCACCGACUUCAGAAAGAAGCUGGACGGAGAUGACAAUGACGACCCAUACGACGGUCCUACCAGACAGGACAGCCCUCCUCGUAGACAGAACUACGGCCCUUCACAAUCCGAACAGCUCUACGGCAUCCGCAGGUCGGCCGAUGUGAGCAGAAAGAGCACAGACAAGGACCGCUACGACCUGGACAACCGCGUCUUGGAUGACGACUUCACAGCUCUGGAGCUCCGUGAUGAUGAAGUCGAUGAGGUCGACGCCAUAGACCGUAGGAAUCAGCGCCAACCAUCCCCUGGUGCUGCCUCCAAGUCGGCCAAGUGGCAGCCUUUGACCUCGAUUGCCCCCAACCCGGAGUCGGAUGAGAACGACCCUUUCAGUCUUGGCGACAGUGAUGACGAGAAGGAGACCAAAACCAAGGACACCAGAGAAUCUGAUACUGCGCGUCUGAAGGAGGCCGCUCGCAAGAGCGUGACCGCUGAGUCAGCAGAUGCUCCUCAGAAGCUCCAGGCUAGCGAGAGAUCUGGAAGUACCAACGUGAGAGACAAGGAGGCCGAGGCUCUGUUGACUGGCAAGAAGCCUGCUUGA